CUACGUGUGUUGGCAUCAAGAACACAACUUAGUGUUUCUCUGUCCGCGGUACACGACGUCAAACCAGUCGUCAAAGCGAACUUGCCGUUGUCUACACCUGUGACUAAAAACGAAAGUGAACGCCAGUGAAAAAAUGUUGCUCAUUCAACCGACGGAGGAAAUGUCUAAGCUGAUUCGCUUGGAGCUUAAUGAAAAUGUUGAUACACGCGACAAGGAUCUACAGUACAUUAAAGAUUGGCUAUCCAAACAACCACAUUUGCCUACAUUUGACGAUGACUACAGACUGAUGACUUUUUUACGUGGAUGCAAAUUUUCAUUGGAGAAAUGUAAAAGAAAAUUGGAUAUGUAUUUCACGAUGCGCGCUCUCGUUCCCGAAUUUUUCGCCAACCGUGAUAUCACUAGACCCGAGAUGAGAGAAAUCACAAGCAUUGUCCAGGUGCCACCACUCCCUGGAUUAACUAAAAAUGGACGCCGCGUAAUUGUAAUGCGAGGCAUUGAUAAAGACCUACCCACUCCUAAUGUUGCAGAAGCAAUGAAACUAGUAAUGAUGAUCGGAGAUAUUCGUCUUAAAGAAGAACUUGUUGGUGUUGCUGGUGACGUCUAUAUUUUGGAUGCAACAGUUGCUACUCCAUCCCAUUUUUCUAAGUUCACACCUGCCCUCGUAAAAAAAUUUCUUGUUUGUGUCCAAGAAGCUUAUCCCGUCAAACUCAAGGAAGUGCACGUUAUCAACGUUAGUCCACUCGUUGAUACGAUUGUUAAUUUUGUUAAACCUUUUCUAAAAGAAAAAAUCAGAAAUAGAAUAUACGUGCACGGUAGCCUGGAAAAACUUUAUGAGUAUGUACCGAAAGAAAUCUUGCCAAAUGAGUACGGUGGCAAUGCUGGUCCGAUUCAAGAUAUUCAUGAUACUUGGAUAAGGAAAUUGGAAGAAUAUGGACCUUGGUUCAAAGAGCAAGAAGGAAUCAAGACAAAUGAAGCAUUACGACCUGGUAAACCAAAGACUUACGAUGAUCUAUUUGGACUCGAAGGAUCAUUCCGACAAUUAACGAUCGACUAGGGACAGUUAUUGUUGACUUAGUUUUUAAAAUAAACUUUUCCAUCAAGUUAUUCAUUGUUCUACGGUCAAUGGAAUUAUUUAGACGGGGUAGUACUGACCAUACUCUUACUAAAAUUUUAAUACAUCUUGGUAACAGUAUUACUACAUCGCGUAUUCAUAGCUCUCUUGUAGAUCUGUGAAUAUUCAUUAAAGGCGUUGAGUUUGCUUUUUUACUUUCAUUUUUGUCGCUCAAAUAAUGAUUAAAUACUUCUUAAAACUUUUAUACAAGUUUUUAAAUUAAUACUCAUGUAAAUAUUUAUUUGGUGUAUUGCUUAGCAAAAUAAAUUACCUAUGCUCAACCACACUCAUACUUUCAUGAAUUAUGUCGGAAAAAGUCUCUGAAAAAUUUUACUUUUUUCUAAACUUCAGAAUCAUUUUAAAAAUGAGCAUAAGAUUUACAAGUUUUAAAACGACCGUAGUCGCAAUCACAGAGAUCAUCUAAUGAAACAGACAGGAAACAGUGGAAAAGAUGGAAUAUAAUUGAUAUUAUCAACUACUGAUGUAUUUGUACGUUACGUAUCGAACAUAGUUCUUAAUAUAAAUUUUGUUGGUGAUGUAGGGUGUCGGUAUCUAUUUUUGACGUGGUAUACGUAUAUCUUCUUUCAAUUCUAUUACAAUUUCAUCUCAUGUCUCAAAUAGUAAUAAUAAUAAUAAUAAUAAUAAUAAUAAUAAUAAUAACGAAUAACUGAAUAAAAGUUUUUAUCCAUUUAAAUUCUUAAUAGUCAUCAUAAGAACAAUGU